AUGGCAGCCUCCGAAGACCUCAUCAACUUCGACGUUAUCGAAGCGCAAAAAGAAAACAUCCAAGCACUGCCCAGUGGGCGCUCUGCCAAAAAGCUGGCCGAGCUGUUCUCGCCCUCGCCUCUGCACAAGUUGAAUACCCCGACACCAUCAGACACCAAGAAUGUCAACGACUGCAUUCGAGUCGAGUACGAGGAGGAGCUCCAGAACAUCUCCGAGUCGGACGAUCCUCUAGACAUCUUCGACCGUUACGUGCGCUGGACCCUAGACGCAUACCCCUCGGCGCAAGCCACACCACAGUCUCAGCUUCACACGCUCCUCGAGCGCGCAACCAAGACUUUCAUUGGCUCAUCACAGUACAAGAACGACCCGAGAUACCUCAAGAUUUGGAUUCUGUACAUCCAAUUCUUCGCUGACUCGCCGCGCGAGACCUUCCUCUUCCUGUCGCGACACAACAUCGGAGAGACUCUCGCCCUUUUCUACGAGGAGUACGCUGCCUGGCUCGAGGGUGCUGGACGAUGGAGUCAAGCAGAGGAGGUUUACAAGCUCGGAAUUGAGCGCGAGGCGAGGCCAGUCCAGCGCCUGAUCCGCAAGUUCAAGGAGUUCGAGGAGAGACUCGCCCACCAGCCCGAGGCAGACAACGCGCCCACAUCACCAGCACUCCCCACCGUACGGCCCGCUCUGGCUGCAAAGAUUGAUCCCUUUGCCGCUGCUCGCGCUGCAGCAGCUGUAGCUGCUGACCCCCAGGCCCCGCGCCCCAGUCAGGGCGUGAGCUCAACGGCGGCGAAGCCUGGCAAGGCUAAGAUGGCCAUCUUCUCAGAUGCCGAUUCGGCGCCCCCAGUGCUGUCGUCGCGUGGACAGAGCUCCAGGGGCUGGGAUUCCAUCGGAUCCCUGGGCGACCGGAAGAAGGAGAAUGUGAUGGAGCCCAAGCCGUGGGCAGGAGAGACAUUGAAGGCUGGCGGGAAGAAGAGCACUGCCCCCAAGAUGGCUAUCUUCAAGGAUACGUUGCAAUCAAAAGUGCAACCCAAAGCCCAAUCACGAUCAUCACGGACGCAAAUGUCCAAGUCCCAUAUUACUCUCGUGCCAUCCAAGAAUCAAACAGUAGUAAAUCCCGUGAGCGGGAAAAAGGAGCGGAUUUUUGUCAGCCUUGAGGCCCUCUAUCCCACUCCGGAAGAACCUGGCUCGGAGCUUGGAUUUGAGGAAGUCUGGGCAAUGACCCGAGGUUGGCUGGAUGUGUCGUGGGAUGAUGUGUCACUAACAGAAGAAGUUCCUUCGGAGAUGAUGAGCGCUGAGCCUUCCAUGGUCGACGACCUCAGUCACCUGGUACAGGAGAAGCUAGUUGUUCACACAGAAACCGUUGUCAUGGAUGAAAAUGGAGCCAUAGUCAAAAAGAAGGGGUCCAAGAGCAAAAAGAAGAAGACGAUGGAGAUGAACGAAACCCAAAUCAUCAAAGCAAACCUAGACUCACCGUCUAGGCCAAAGCUGAAAAAGAGGAAUACGGCCGAGCCGACAAUGACGCUCCAUACUCGGGCUGCUACGGAUGAGAUCUAUGAGAUCUUCAAUCAGCCCAUUCAAUCCAACCCUCUAGAAGAUGAUGAGGAAGAAGAGGAAGAGAGCGACGAAGAUGAUGACUAUGAGACAGAUGGCGACUACACUGAGGUUGAAAACACCAUGACGACCCGCCAAAUCGAAAACGACAACGACGAUGAGGAAGCUGAUGAAGAUGGCUCAGAUGUCAAGAGUAUCAGCGAAUGGUCUGAUUUCUCUACACGCAAGCAUGUCCCAGUUCUUGAGGAGGAAGCAACUCAGAACGGUGCAGACGAUACCCAAGCUUCUGAUAUGAUGGGUCCAAACUAUUCUGAGCCUACUGGCCCUCCACUGGAUGAGCAGACCGGUUCCCAGGAUGGCCGAGAAUCAGGCGAUGAGCAGGAAGCCGAAGACGAAGGAGACGAGGACGAUGAUUACCCGCCAAGGACAAAGACGAUUUACGUUCCGAUACCGCCUGAGGAUUAUGAGCCCAGAACAAGGCCGUUUAGGGAUCCGGUCGAGAUGGCCAAUAAUCGCCUCCCCUUCAUGACCCCUAUUACGGAGAGGACCGAAUCCUCCCUUGCGUUUACAGAACGAAAGGCGAAGUACGAGACCCCGUGCCGAGACGACGUGGAGUCAACCAUCGAUGAGGAGGACUCCGGCAUGGAGGAGCCGGGUAGUAGCCCAUUGAGGGAGGUUCUGAGCGAGAUUCGUCCUAUCAAGAUCCCUCAGCCGCUUCUCGGCAAGGCAAAAACUGCUCCGUCCAAGCCAGCGCCUCCCAAGGGUCCCAUCAUUAAGGAGUUGCAGUGUAAUCCAGUCGACGAAGUUGUGAGGAACGAGAUCCUCGCCAACAUGCAUCCUUCGCUGGACUCAUACCCGGGAUUCUAUGACCACAGCCAUGAGAAGUACGAAAAGGGCAACGAGAUCCGCAAAUUCGCCAAGGCCAUGACGAAGGCGUCCAAGAGCGGAGACAGGAUGAGCAACGCCUGUGCCCUCGUCACCAUCGAGUUUCCCGAUAUCGCUACAGAGUACACCAUCAGGAAGGAGCUCGGUGCAGGCGCGUUUGCCCCGGUCUACCUCGUCGAGAACCCGGACGCAGACCAGGAAGAUGAGGACGAGAACGGGGUGGUGGCCAUGGGUCAGGGCGCAUUCGCCGUCAGUCAUCGCAGCCCCUUGGAAGCACUCAAGAUGGAACUCCCCCCAACACCCUGGGAGUUCCACAUGAUGCGUCUCGCCCAUACGCGCCUGGGUCCCCAGCACCGCGCCGCCGCCUCCGUCUCCUACGCCCACGAGUUCCACCUCUACCAAGACGAGGGGUUCCUCUUCCUCCCGUACCACCCCCACGGGAGCGUCCUCGACGUCGUCAACUUCUUCCGCGCCGAGCCCUCUGCCGUCAUGGACGAGCAGCUGGCCAUGUUCUUCACCAUUGAACUCUUCCGCACCGUCGAGGCCCUGCACGCCCGCGGCGUCCUCCACGGCGACCUCAAGGUGGACAACUGCCUCCUCCGCCUCGACCACGGCGGCAACGACCAGCCGCUCUCAACGCAGUACAGCGCCGCCGGCUCUGGCGGCUGGGACGCGCGGGGCGUGACCCUCAUCGAUUUCGGGCGCGGCAUCGACAUGCGCAACUUUGUGCCCGACGUGGGCUUCAUCGCGGACUGGAAGACGAGCGCGCAGGACUGCGCCGAGAUGCGCGAGGGCCGGCCGUGGACGUGGCAGAUUGACUACCACGGCCUCGCGGGCAUCGUGCACUGCCUGCUCUUUGGCAAGUACAUUGACACGGUCCGCUGCGACCAGGGCGGGAUCGGGGCGGGGGGCCGCAAGUACCGCGUCCGCGAGAGCCUCAAGCGCUACUGGCAGACGGAGAUUUGGGGCGAGUGCUUUGAUUUGCUGCUGAACCCGGGCUCCUUUGUCGCUGUGGAGGAGGGUGCCCGCAUGCCGGUGCUCAAGAGCAUGCGCGGCGUCAGGGAGAAGAUGGAGGCUUGGCUGGAGGGUAAUUGUGAGAGGGGCGUGGGGUUGAAGAGUCUUCUUGGCAAGGUGGAGGCUUUCGCCAAGGGUAGGAGGUGA